UGAUUCUCAGAGUUCCCACAAUCUCUUGGCCUGUCUUAAAUCUUGCCGGGCGGCACUGGCUGUCACAUUUACUUGGCUUCGGAGACUCUCCCUGAAAGAUUUGCUUGCCUUUCCCGCACUGGCAGCCUCCACCCACAAGCUCUUCAGAGAAGUAAGAAUAAUGAAGAUUUUAAAUCAUCCAAACAUAGUGAAGUUGUUCGAAGUCAUUGAAACUGACAAAACACUCUACCUAAUCAUGGAGUAUGCGAGUGGAGGUGAAGUGUUUGACUAUUUGGUUGCACAUGGAAGAAUGAAGGAAAAAGAAGCAAGAGCUAAAUUUAGACAGAUAGUGUCCGCAGUCCAGUACUGCCACCAAAAGCGGAUUGUUCACAGAGACCUCAAGGCCGAAAAUCUAUUGUUAGAUGCUGAUAUGAACAUUAAAAUAGCUGACUUUGGUUUUAGCAAUGAAUUUACUGUUGGCAGUAAACUGGACACGUUCUGUGGCAGCCCUCCGUACGCGGCCCCCGAGCUCUUCCAGGGCAAGAAGUACGACGGGCCAGAGGUGGACGUGUGGAGCCUGGGCGUCAUCCUCUACACGCUCGUCAGCGGCUCGCUCCCCUUCGACGGGCAGAACCUCAAGGAACUGAGAGAAAGAGUCUUAAGAGGGAAAUACAGAAUCCCUUUCUACAUGUCCACAGACUGUGAAAACCUUCUCAAGCGUUUCCUGGUGCUAAAUCCAAUAAAACGAGGCACUCUAGAGCAAAUCAUGAAGGACAGGUGGAUCAACGCAGGGCAUGAAGAAGAUGAACUGAAACCAUUUGUUGAGCCAGAACUGGACAUCUCGGACCAGAAGAGAAUAGAUAUUAUGGUGGGAAUGGGAUAUUCACAAGAAGAAAUUCAAGAAUCUCUCAGUAAAAUGAAAUAUGAUGAAAUCACGGCUACAUACUUGUUGUUGGGCAGAAAAUCUUCAGAGCUGGAUGCUAGUGACUCCAGUUCUAGCAGCAAUCUCUCACUUGCUAAGGUUAGGCCGAGCAGUGACCUCAACAACAGCACUGGCCAGUCUCCUCACCACAAGGUGCAGAGAAGUGUUUCUUCCAGCCAGAAGCAGAGGCGGUACAGUGACCACGCUGGACCAGCUAUUCCUUCGGUUGUGGCGUAUCCAAAAAGGAGUCAGACCAGCACUGCAGAUAGUGACCUCAAGGAAGACGGAAUUCCUUCCCGGAAAUCAAGCGCCAGUGCUGCUGGAGGAAAGGGAAUUGCUCCAGCCAGUCCCAUGCUUGGGACUGCAAGUAAUCCCAACAAGGCCGAUAUUCCGGAACGCAAGAAAAGCUCUACUGUCCCUAGUAGUAACGCAGCGUCUGGUGGAAUGACACGACGCAACACUUACGUCUGUAGCGAGAGAACCGCCGCUGACAGACACUCAGUGAUCCAGAACGGGAAAGACAGCAGCGCCAUUCCUGACGCGAGGACUCCUGUUGCUUCGACGCACAGCGUGAGCAGCGCGGCCACCCCGGACCGGCUCCGCUUCCCGCGGGGCACCGCCAGUCGCAGCACUUUCCACGGGCAGCCCCGGGAGCGGCGGACCGCCACCUACAACGGCCCGCCUGCCUCGCCCAGCCUGUCCCACGAAGCCACACCACUGUCGCAGACUCGAAGCCGAGGCUCCACUAAUCUUUUUAGUAAAUUAACUUCAAAACUCACAAGGAGAAACAUGUCAUUCAGGUUUAUCAAAAGGCUUCCAACUGAAUAUGAGAGGAACGGGAGAUAUGAGGGCUCAAGUCGGAACGUAUCUGCUGAGCAAAAGGAGGAAAACAAAGAAGCAAAACCUCGCUCCCUGCGCUUUACUUGGAGCAUGAAAACCACUAGUUCCAUGGAUCCCAAUGACAUGAUGCGGGAGAUCCGCAAAGUGCUGGACGCCAACAACUGCGACUAUGAGCAGAGGGAGCGCUUCUUACUCUUCUGUGUCCACGGCGACGGGCACGCGGAGAGCCUGGUGCAGUGGGAGAUGGAGGUGUGCAAGCUGCCAAGACUGUCUCUGAACGGGGUCCGGUUUAAGCGGAUAUCAGGGACGUCCAUAGCUUUCAAAAAUAUUGCUUCCAAAAUUGCCAAUGAGCUAAAGCUGUAACCCAGUAAUUACAGUGUAAAUUAAGUAGCAGUUUAAAGUGUUUUCCUGAACACUGAUGGAAAUGUAUAGAAUAAUAUUUAGGUAAUAACGUCUGCAUCUUCUAAAUCAUGAUAUUAAAGCAUAAGGACGAGAGCACGCCCGGGAGCGGAAGCUGGCCUUUUUUCUACGAAUGCACUACAUUAAAGCUGUGUGACAUGCGUGCCGUCUGUCUUCUUUCCAUUGCCCUGAAAGUCAGCUUGGGACACCAUCGCCACAGCCUCCUGUCUGUGUGGUGUGAGCGUGGACUGUGCGUGUGAACUAGUGCAUACAGAAGCAUCUCCUUACACUGGCAGCCAGAGUUGUUACAAGUACCUCUGUGGGAGAUCAUUUGGUGCUAAAACAUUAAAAUUGCCAAGGAGGGAAAUAUUGAAUUACUACUAAGAAUUAACCUUAACCUUAAGACUAGUUGAUAAUUAAUACAGGUUUACAGUUCAUGCCUGUGGUUUUGUGUGUGUUGUUUUGUGUUUUUUUUAGUGCAAAAGGUUUAAAUUUAUAGUUGUGAACAUCGCUUGUGUUUUUCUAAGUAGAUUCACAAGAUAAUUAAAAAUUCACUUUUUCUCAGUAAAA